AUGGUCACUGGAAAAGGCUACCGGAACAAUUUGGAAGAAAUUUACUGUCACGCGAUCACCCUCAUCGUUGCAGUCAAGGCAAACUACACCCGAUCUGUUUUAGCCACUGUCAAGCAUCGAUUAUCCAGAAACAGCACCAUUUUGUUCUUGCAGAACGGUAUGGGCACUCUAGAGGAGGUUGACGAAAGCGUCUUUCCAGAUCCAGCGCAAUGGCCACAUUAUAUGAUUGGCAUCAACACCAAUGGAACGUCCCGGCUGGGCCAGUUGUCUGCAUAUCAUACGAGCCUGGGCGAAAUCCCUUUUGGUAUGGCUCCUAGGAUCUCUUCUCCUGAGGCAUGCCAUGGCCAGUGGCACCAAGACCCCAGGCUCAUUCAUUCUGCCUGGCCCUUGAUUGAGGCUCUGUCCAACGGCCCCAACCUGAAUGCCCGGCUUGUGAGUGUUGAGGAAGUUCUCCAUCUGCAGCUGAGGAAGCUGGCGAUAAACGCGGUCUUGAAUCCACUCACUGCUCUGCUGGAAUGCAAAAUCGGCAUGCUAUAUUCUUCACAGCAGCCGUGGGUCCAAAGGCUGAUUGAGCUUAUGCUGGAGGAGAUAUCAGCGGUACUAAGGACACUUCCGCUACCGUUCCAGACAAGCUUUGAUAUGAAAGCGGGGUUCGCAGCGAACCAGUUAAUUUCAAUGGUUGAAGGCAUGGCUCAACGUCUCUCCCAACACAACUCGUCCAUGAUGCAGGAUAUAAGCAAUGGAUCUGAAACCGAGGUUGCCUACCUAAAUGGAUUUUUGAUCAGAUUGGGCAUGCAGCUUGGAAUAGAUUGUCCUGUCAAUGAUUACAUCCUGCAGGCGGUGCUGGACAAACAAGUGUCGCGGCGCCAUGGUGGUCCCAAACAACGAGUUAACACCAAACAGCAAAGGAAAGCUCAACCAGUCUGA